AUGAAUGGCAACGAGACUAACCGCUUAGCUCUACUCAAUGAACCAAUCAAGAGCGCCAUUGGAGGCGGACUCGAAUCGUUCUUGAGCGAGCGUUACUGGGCGCCGCCUUUGGAGCCGUCCGUCGGUGGGGCCGAUCAAGCGAAACGCCGCAGCUCGAUGUCGCCCUCCUCUCCUAUUCUUCUAUUCUCUCCAUAUCGUCAUCCUCCUUCUACAAUCCAAAAUCCGAAUAGUAAUCAUAUCACGAUGGUCUCAUCCGAGUCACACUUGAAUAUCUGGAUAAUUCCAGGUGUAUUCUAA